AUGGGUCUUCAGCACUUGCCAGAAGAGCUCCUCACGCUGCUGGAGCAAUGGCCGUGCAGAGAACAGCAGCUUCGACAACUGUCUGCUGUCCUUUCCCCCAAACUUCCAAGUCCUCAUGCCGUCGUUGUUCAUGGACCACACGCGACGGGCAAGACUGGCAUCGUUAGAUCCCAUCUCGCCAACAGCAAACUCAAGCACGCAUUCAUCGACUGCAGAGAAUGCGUGACUGGCCGGCAUCUGCUUGAACGAACGGUCGCAGUAGUCCAUAAUGCCGUAACCGGAGACGCAAACUCGUUGAAUGAUCGAUGCGAGAACGUCAGCGCUCUUGUUGUAAACCUGCAACGGCUACUUGACGGUCGCGGCAAGUUUGCGCUUGUUCUUGACGGUGUCGAUAAGCAACGAGAACCGUCUCCGACGCUGCUACCGGCUUUAGCUCGUUUGGGAGAAGUGAUACCUGACUUAACAGUUGUUCUGAUCGUUCAAUACCCGCCCCCCCGCUUCUUGCACCAGACCGGCAUACCGCACACAUACUUCUCCCCUUACACCCGCAAUCAAUCGAUCCACAUCCUCUCGCAGAAUGCACCCGACAUCUUCAUUGAGCCUCCCCCUGCCGACCUGGAGUACGAUGAAGAUGUCCACCAAGAAGACAAAGCCUGGCUAUGGCCCCGCUUCUGCGCCGCAGUCUGGGACUCUCUCGCUCAGAAUGCCGCAAGAGAUCUUCUGGCUUUUCGUGAAGUCUGCCACAAACUCUGGCGGCCAUUUGUAGCACCCAUCAUCAGAGGCGACUUCGGCACGCGUGACUUCAGCAGGUUACUGGUGGCUCAGCGAAGGCUAUUUCAGGAUGAAAGCGUGCUACUGGAUUCAGUUGUUCCCGCCGUUGCGUUGCCAUCGAAUGUCAGGCGUGAAGGGCACGAGCUACCAUAUUAUGCUAAAUGGCUCCUUGUAGCGGCCUACCUUGCUUCGUUCAACCCGGGAAAGCUCGACGCGCUCUAUUUUAUGAAAACCACCGAGCGCAAGCGGCGGAAGAAAGGCGGCGGCACUGCACGUUCUGGCGGUGGGCGCCCGUCGCAGAACCGCAAGAUGCCGCGACAUCUCAUGGCCGCAUCAGCGUUUACGCUCGAUCGGCUGAUGUCGAUUCUACACGCUAUCUUACCGCAUGAUCUGCGCACGACCAUCGACAUGUACACGCAGAUUGCUACGCUUACUAGCUUGAAACUGUUGGUCAGAGGUGGAGGGAUUGGGAGCAGCGACCCGUCCGAACCUGGUGGUAAAUGGAGGGUUGGACCAGCAGUGAGCUGGGAUUAUACCCAAGCGCUUGCGCGCAGUCUGGAUUUUACCUUGAUUGACUACCUGGCAGAAUAA